AUGGUGAUCACGAACGAAGCGGCUACAGAACUGGUAGACACUCCUUCAUCCGCCGAUACAAAUGUAACCGCCGAAUCGACAAAUGGAAAGAAGGAGAAAGUAGUAGAAUUGAUCGAAGUCGGCGGGAAGAAAGUCAGCAAAACUUCUACUGGGAAAAGAAAAUUCCAUAAUAAGUCCAAGAACGGUUGUGAUAAUUGUAAGAAACGAAGAGUCAAAUGUGACGAAGUAAAACCCUCUUGUAAGAAAUGUACCAAUAUGCAAUUGACUUGCGUGUAUUCACCCUUACAACCAAGGAAAAGACCCAAAGGCCCGCCUGUGCUAAAACAUGUAGCAACCUCUGAGAAGAUUAUGGCAGGGAGCCCUAACAAUGGUAUAGAUGUAGCCAUAAAGAGGGAACGCAGUGAAAUGAAUUUAGGCUUAGGCCUUGAAAGGAAAAUCCUACCACCUCCAUCUGGAAUAUUCAACACAGCUGCAACUACGGCAUCUGGUCUUCCGGCUAGCCCAUUAAACAGUAUAUCAAUGAAAAUGCAAAUGAGCAGUGCAAGUAAUGAUACACAAAAAUUUAUUCCGAAGGAACAAAACCAAUUCUCCAACUUAUUAGCUCAAUCGCAACGUUUAUUGUCGUCGGAUAAUAAUCUCGCUCCACAGUUGUCGCCUCAAUUGUUACAGCAGACCCAAUUGCCGCCACAACCACCACCAUUGCAAUUAUUAACACAAUUGCAAUCGUCUGCAUCGCCUUUCAAUGUUGAUCCAUCUCUCCUCCCGCAAUUGCUCGCAGGAUUAGCCAGUAACCCAUUACUUCAACAGCAAUUACAGCAGUUCCUCCCACAAUUCAAUUUAAAUAAUAUCCCUCAACCGCAACCGACUAAUAACACAUUCAUUCCACCUAUACCAAAUAUGAAUAGUAUACCUAAUAUACCCCAAGUGGCAAGUAUGCCGAACUUAGCAAACAUUCCAAAACCUAAUGAGAGCACUACCAGUACGAAUCCAGGAAUGUUUGUACCUGAAAAUUUUGUUGCAGGACCAUUCCAUGCUCAACAACAAUUACAAUAUCAAUUGCAUCAACAAUUACAAUUGCAACAACAUCAACAAAUACAAUUACAACAAAACCAACAAUACCAAUUACAACAACAACAACUGCAGGAGCAAUUGCAAGAACAAUUAAAAUCGCAACAAAAACAUAUAAUCGAGGCGCAACUCCAUCAUCAUCAACAACAACAACAAGGACAGCAGCACGAGCAACAGCGGCAAGAACAACGCACGACUGAGGAAUUAGAUAUCUCACCAAAAUCAAACUUACCAAUCAACAUAGGACAGCAAGAUGCUGAUACUAUACAACAACAACGAGAGCAACAAACACAGCAAAACAUGCCUAGUAUACGAGCUGCUGAUUCAGCAACCAUUCAAGCAGAUACUUUAUCACAAUUGAAUAAGAUCGGAUUAGAUUUGAAAGCACUGGGUUCCUUCCCUACAGCAGGUAUUGGUGGUAUAUCAUACGAUUUUCAAGAGUUAUUAGGUAUGAAAGUUAAUAGUAACAAUAAUAACGCUGCUCAGAAUAGUCGAGCGGCAAAAGUAAAUUCAGCUCAAGAGGCAUUAGCUACCAUGCAACAACAACAAGAACAAGCUAAUAAAAAUAGUGAGAUAUUAGAAAAUGAUAAAAAGAAAAAGGUACAAUCUUCAAACUCCCCCUCGAUAAUCUCUAUUCUUUCCUCCUCAGACCCAACUGCUACUGCUUCUUCUUCUGCUACUUCGGUUGAAUCAACUGGAACUGAUAAUAACUUAACCACUAAACCUGACUCUAAUCAACAACAGCAACAUAAACAGAGCAAUGAUGCUUCUAGUUUACCCCUAAGGAAAAGUGGCAGUAUUAGUGAAGCACCUUUAAGCAGUGUUGAGAAAUUAUUCAAAUUAUCAACAAAAGCAAAUUUAAAUUUAAUAGACAUGAAACUAUUUCACCAUUAUUGUACAGAAGUUUGGCCCACAAUCACAGCAGCAAAAGUUUCAGGACCAGAAGUUUGGAGCAAAGCAAUACCGAAACUUGCAUUUGAUUUCCCCUUCUUGAUGCAUUCCAUUUUAGCUUUGAGUGCUACUCAUCUUGCUCGAGCAGAACCAGGACUAGGACAAUACGUCUCCACACAUCGAUUGGAUGCCUUACGAUUAUUAAGGGAGGCUGUCCUUGAGAUAUCUGAGGAAAAUACAGAUGCGUUAGUGGCAAGUGCAUUAAUUUUAAUCAUGGAUUCGUUGGCUAAUGCAGCAUCUCCAACUGAUUCCAGUCCUAAUAAUAUACUUUCACCAUCAGCUUGGGUUUUCCAUGUGAAAGGUGCCGCUACUAUCUUAACUGCAGUUUGGCCCUUGAGUGAGAAAUCUAUUUUUUAUAAUUUGAUUUCUGUGGAUUUGAGUGCGUUGGGGAAUGUGAUUAAUGAAGAUGAUGAUACUAUAUCAGAAUUAUAUUGUUUUGAUGAGAAUUUAGUGGAUUUAUAUCCAGUAGAGAUUGGUUCUCCUUAUUUGAUUACUUUGGCUUAUUUAGAUAAAUUACAUCGUGAGAAGAAUCAAUCUGAUUUCAUAUUGAGAGUUUUUGCAUUUCCUGCGUUAUUGGAUAAGACAUUUUUGGCAUUGUUGAUGACGGGAGAUUUAGGUGCUAUGAGAAUAAUGAGAAGUUAUUAUAAAUUGUUAAGAGAUUUCACGACGGAGGUGAAAGAUACGGUCUGGUUUUUGGAAGGUAUUACGAAAGUUCUACCGUCUAACGUGGAUUCAUAUGCUGGCGGUGGUGGGUUACAUAUGAUGUUGGAUUUCUUAGGUGGUGGAUUGCCAUCUAUGAGUACUACUAAUAUGUCAGAUUUCUUGUAG